GUCAGGUUGGGGAGAGCACACCCUUACUUGGGUAAAUUCUGUUAUGUGAUUUGUUGUGACAUAAUCUGCUAUGAUGGAUGUGUAUAUUUAAGUGUUGUUGUUCGUUGUCUGAGGACGGCCUGACAUGGUAAACAAGGUGAGUUAUUAUACGUGACUGCAACUGUACUGUGGUUCCAUACAUACAAUUUUAUUCUACAACAUCAUUACCCAAACGGGCGCCAACCACUGGAUUUAGUGAAACAAAGAUUUAAGUGGACACUAAGGAUUAUGAGAAUACUUUGGAUUUUUAUUCCUGAUGUAGCGACAAACGUUUCUUUGUGGUCGUUUGUAACAGUGUUAGAUACAAUGUAAACAGCUAUACAACAAACUGCUUCCCUGUGAAUCAACUUUUAAUAGUCAAUAGUCCUCGACUGUUUCACAUCUUUUUAUCAAAAUGGCAACAUCCCUGGACAAAGCGCAAAUCCAUUUCCGGGUUAAAGGUCAAACCACCUGUAUUCACCACAAGGGGGGACAACUCGACCUUUACUGUAAAGAAUGCCACCAACUUGCAUGUACUAACUGUCUGUCUAUUGUACAUAAGAGCCAUUCAUUGUGUAGAUUAGAUGAAAUUACUCCCCAAAAGAAAGAAGACAUACAAAACUACAUAGACAAAACCGAGAAAGAUGACCUGGUACAAAUCGACCAAUACAUCACUGCUACGGAGGAACACUUAAAGGACAAUGCAAGUAACUUUGAAAUAUUUUCACACCAGUUAAAGACGCAAACUAACCAAUUAAAACAUGAUCUUGACCUGAUUACUGCUGAGACGUUGUCUCUCUAUCAACAAUUGGAGGAGGAUAACACCAAGCUACUACAAACCUACAAAAAAGACCUGGAAAUGUACAGUACGCAGCUAAAAAAACAAGUGCAAGAAUGUAAGAUAGCACUUCAGCGUGGCUCGGACAUACAAAUCUACGACGCAGGGUCUGAAAUUCAAUCUUCUGUCACACCCCCUGUAGAACCUACCCUGGGUACCGCUAGCUUCAUUCCGAACCGAAUUCCACAGGCUUACCUGCAACAAGCUUUGGGAAAAGUUAACAUCUUAGGUCGAGGUCAGCGGCAAGCCUUACAAGGUCGUGAUCGUUCAGUUGGAUCAUCUGCUGGACAAGGAUUACUCUCAACACAACUUCAGUCAAAAGUAAAGGUUAAUGCAACCUCUACACAACAGAUAUCAAAAGGAAGAAAGGAAGUGACCAGUCCAGUAUAUACCUUGUUACCUCAGACCAAGGUGUUGGGGGAGUGGUGGUCUCCACGUAACAUAACUUCUGUAUGUGCCACCACUGAUGGUCAGGUGUGGACCAGUAACAGUGGCAGUGACACCUUAACUCUCCUGGACAGAAAGGGAACAGUUAUACUGGAGGUUAAACACAAUACUGUGAUCAAAGACAUAAGUUUAUCACCUACAACAAACACGCUGUGGGUCUGUGACAGGGUAAAAAACAACACAGAGCUCGUGUCUGGACGACUUAUACACAGAUUCAGCGUCACGGAAACACCACAGUGUAUCUGUAUCACAGCUAGUAACCAUGUCAUUGUGGGAACGGUCAAACACAUCUCAAAAUUUACCACAAAGGGUAAAUUGGUACUUACUACAUCGGCUGUAGGGACUAGGAAACCAUUUGUGUAUAGACCAUACAGCAUCUCAGAGUGUCCCGUCACUCACAAUGUAGCAGUGGCUGACUGGGAUAGUGAAGAUGAUGGUGGUGAUAGGGAACCACGUGUUGUUGUCAUGGACAAAGAUUUCAAAAAACGUUUUGUAUAUGAUGGUGAAGUCCCACAUACAUAUCAACCAACAUCACAGUCAGGAGGUAAACGAUUUAACCCCUCUGGUGUGGUGUAUGACAGUGUUGGUAACCUAGCCAUAGGGGACUAUUACAACAACCGUAUCCUACUCAUCAGUGGGCGUGGUGAGUUCCUCAAGACCAUACACACAGGUGACGACUGGACACGGGCUGUUUGUGUCAACAGUAAGGAUGUCAUGUGGACAGUGUUUGGGGUUAACAAAGUCAAACUAUUACAGUACAGCAGUGUGUGACGUCUGGACAAACUACGGUGUGAAUAUAAAGUAACAAACACUAAAAGGAUAAUGGAAAUUGUCUUGAAACAAAUUCAACACAAGAUAUAAACUACGGACCUUAGAAAUGUACCAACGCAAUAGACAAUCAUAAGCAUGAUGACAAUUAUUAAAAAUUUAAAAAUCAACAAUUGUGAUAAUAAAAUAACCUCUAAAGAACUGAAAAAAGAUGUGAUGUUUGACACUAGUGUUAAAUUCAAUUUGAAGAAAUUAUCGGCCUCAAAGGAUAUAGGACUUUUCUGAGUGCAUAUUCUUCAUUUCAUAUUUAGUCUAGCUGGAAUAUAUUUGGGGAAAUUGCUCGACAGCUUGAAAGAGAAAGUGGAAAAAUUAGAAGAACGAGCCACAGAAUCAGACAGUAUGAAUACUGGACUAGUGUAUAAAGUAAAUGAUUUGGAACAACAAGGCAGGAAAAAUUCAAUCAGGAUUGUUGGCCUUAGCGAUACAAGGGAUAAAGAAACAAUUGAGGAGUGUGUAGAGAAAGUAGUGACAUUUGUAAAGGAUUCUUUGGAGGUGGAUAUACAGAGCAACGACAUAGACAUUGCGCAUAGACUCGGGCGUUUUGACAGAAACAGGCCUCGGACGAUCAUCUGUAAAAUGACCCACAGGAGGAAAAAGGUCCAGAUACUAAACAACAGACGUAAAUUGAAGGGAAAAGGACAAAUUGUUUUCGAGGACUUGACAAGAAUGAAUCAAGAAACACUUAAGGAAGCAUACAGACUUAAAAGUGUCAAACAUACUUUUAGUGUGGAUGGAAAAUUAUUCGCAGUGCUAACCAACGACAAGAAACGAAGACUGUCAUACGCUACAGAGCUGACGGAUCAGUAUCUUGCAGAUGACAACAAUUUUAGGAACUAAGAGACAGAUUCUACGGAACUGUGUGAAAAGUAUUAUU